UAACAAAGAAUGAGAUUUCCAACUUGAAAAACUUGCUAAAAGUUGGAGCUCGUUUUAUUUAAAGGGGCCCUGCUGCUCCCGGGGCCCUAAAUCUGUUAAACACGCCCCUGCUUGUUUGUUACAUCGACAUUUUUACAGUGAAAACUGAAACAUUUCGAUCAAAACACCAAAAAUGACAAACCCCUGACGUCCAGAAACAACCCAGUUUCCCCAGAAACGGCUGCAGAAACAUCUGAUUGUCAUUUUUAUUAAUAAAUCCCUCCAACCCAGAAAUACAUUCACGGGAGUUUCUGUGGACAAAAUGUUUUCUUAGGCACAGAAGAUUAUUUCUCCAUCUGAAGAUCAUGAGACGUCGGACAGCCUGGAGGUUUGGUGAACGGCUGCUGAGUGACGCAGAUGCUGCCAGACUAAAACUUUGCAUAAUUUAGUAGAUUUAAACUUUAAUCUUGUUUUACGGAUAUAUUGCUGCUGCUGCUGCUGCUGUUGCUGCUGGUUGAAAUACGUAGCAAGUUUAGCGAGUUUUAUUUCCAUUUCUUGUUGGUUGUUUUUUUGACUCAUUUCUGCACAGACAUGCUAACAUUUAAUCCGUAAAUUGAGAUUUGCAGUAGAAUUAGAGUGAAAUAAAGUGAGCAGCUCAUCCGGUGACUAACUCUUUCCUCCUUCAUCUUCAUCAUUAUAUACGUGGCAGAGGCUCCGGCUGCACAUUUUCCUGCUCGUUUUUCCAUAAAUAUUGGGAAAACCUGAGUGUGUGUGUGUGUGUGUGUGUGUGUGUGUGUGUUGGGUGAGGCCACGUUGUUGCCAUGACAACUAAACAACCAGCGGCUGUGGCUUGUGGUUACCGGAUUCAUGGGACCAGCGCCGCGGACGGAACACCAAGAAGGAGUCGGAGCUGGCGGCCGCCCUGCAGAGGCUCCGAGACCUGGAGGCUCUGCUGAACUCCAAGGACGCGUCUCUGUCGACGGCUCUGGGAGAGAAACGCAGCCUGGAUGCGGAGAACCGGGAGCUGAAGGCCCAGGUGGCGAAGCUGGAGGCCAGUUUGGGCGACGCGAAGAAGCAGCUGCAGGACGAGAUGCUGCGCCGGGUGGAUGGAGAGAACCGGAUCCAGACGCUGAAGGAGGAGCUGGACUUCCAGAAGAACCUUUACUCUGAGGAGCUGCGGGAGACGAAGCGUCGCCAUGACUCCCGCAUGGUGGAGCUGGACAACGGCCACCAGCAGGACUUUGAGAGCAAACUGGCCGAGGCGCUGGCCGAGAUGCGCAGCCAGCAUGAGCUGCAGAUUAAACUGUACAAGGAGGAGAUGGAGAAAACCUACAACACCAAGCUGGACAGCGCCCGUCAGUCCGCGGACAGGAGCAGCCACCUGGUCGGCGCCGCCCACGAGGAGCUGCAGCAGACCCGGGUCCGGCUGGAGUCCACGUCCGCCCAGCUCAGCCAGCUGCAGAAACAGCUGGCGGCCCGCGAGGCGAAGCUGAGGGAGCUGGAGGACGCCCUGUCGCGGGAGCGGGACACGACCCGCCGGCUGCUGGGGGAGAAGGACCGGGAGAUGGCGGAGAUGCGGCAGCGCAUGCAGCAGCAGCUGGACGAGUACCAGGAGCUGCUGGACGUGAAGCUGGCUCUGGACAUGGAAAUCUGCGCCUACAGGAAGCUGCUGGAGGGGGAGGAGGAGAGGCUGCGUCUGUCCCCCAGUCCUCCUCCCACCAGAGUGGCAGGAAGUCGCUCCUCCACCUCCGUGGCCCACUCCCGCUCCGUCCACGGCAGCGCUCGCAGCUCCCCGGCGAAGAGGCGCCGCCACAACGACACCGACAGCGAGGCGUCCAGCUUCGCCGGCGGCACCGUGGCGCGCACACGCAUCACCCAGCAGGCCUCGGCCAGCGGGCGGGUCACCGUGGACGAGGUGGACCUGGACGGGAAGUUCGUCCGACUCAGCAACAAGGCGGAUGAGGACCAGAAUCUGGGGAGCUGGCAGCUGAAGAGGCAGAUCGGAUCCAACUCUCCGAUCAUCUUCAAGUUCCCGGCUAAGUUCACCCUGAAGGCCGGUCAGAGAGUCACGAUCUGGGCCUCCGGCUCUGGAGGAGUCCACAACCCUCCUUCAGACCUGCUGUGGAAGACCCAGAGCUCCUGGGGAACCGGAGACCAGUUCCAGACCACCCUGAUCAGCGCCAGCGGAGAGGAGAUGGCCAUGAGGAAGGUAACCCGCACUCAGCUUGAAGAUGAAGAUGAAGACAUGCAGGUGGCCCACAGCACCUGCGCAGACGGCGAGUACAACCUGCGCAGCCGGACCGUCCUCUGCGGCUCCUGCGGACUUCCGUCUGACAAAUCCAGCACCUGCUCCGUGUCGUCUGCGUCCCGCUCGUUCCGCAGCGGAGGAAUCUCCGAAGGAUUGGUGCCACAGUCGUACGUGUUCAGCAGCAGCACAGCUCGUAAGACUGGAUCCAGGAUGGAGAGCUGUCCAAUCAUGUGAACACGUCGACCAGCGAAGACGUUUACUUUUUAUCUGAGUAGUGUGUAGAAAGUAUUAGCUUUUAGUUUUUAUACUUUUAAACAUUUUUCAGGUUGUAAUCAUUCUGACUUUUAUAUUAAUUUCCAUUGUUCACCCAUGCAUGCUUAAAGAUAUGACUUGACUUAUGAUUUGAUAUGAUAUGCAAGUUUAGUUUUUCCUUUAAGAAAACUAAGAGGAAAUGUUUUUGUAUGUUUUUUAUUCUUUUAUAUUCAAUACUGUUUCUGGUCUUUUAGCUUCAGUUAAAUCUGACUUGUGUCAUUAUUAAUAACAUUAUUUUAGCUAAACUGGGCUACAUAACGGCAGAAAAUGUAUUUUCCUGAUAUAAAUAAAAAUAUUUUCUAAAUUUUUGA